AUGAACAACCAACAGCCGUCGAAUCGGCUGCAGCUCAAUUUUGGCUUCGGUAGUGACCGAAACAACCAGUAUCAACAGGACGCAGGCCGUCAGUUUCCCACGACCCCGUCGACAUUUCCACAGCCCGUAUACCCAAACCAAGCUGGUCAGCAGGAGGUCUGGGGUGCACAACAACAGCAGCAGGGCGGUAGUGGCUAUGGAGCAGGCUACUUCGUGAACCCUUAUCAGCAGGCCCAGUACCAAGGCCAGCAGGGCAAUCUUCAGCCGAACGCGCAACGCUUUGAGCAGGGUGCCAACGGCCUGGCUCAACAGCUGUCACAUCAACAUUUGGGGGGAAGUGGCCGCUCUGGAAGCCCGUAUGGUCGCCAGUCCUCGCCACACCAGCAGCGUCCCCGCACUGCGGACAAUAGGGGGUAUGGAUAUGGAAGCUAUGGCGGUAGUUCUGCUCCCCGACACCCUUCGUUGUACGACGAGGAGCCUCCUGUAAAGUCACCUGAGAAGUACUCCGACAAUGUCGGUAAGCAGGCAACCAUGUCAAAAAGUCUCAUCAACACCUUCUUCAAAGACAGCGUACAGCGAGCACGCGACCGGAAUCAAAGAGCCCUGGAAUUAGAGUCGAUUAUGAAGGAGCCCUCGAUUUCAGAUUCCCGCAAAGCUCAGAAAGAGAACACCAUGCGCCGCGCUGAGAUCGAAUACCUACGGUUCUUGCGUACCAAGGAGAAGCCUGAUAACUUCUCGACAUUAAAGAUCAUUGGCAAGGGUGCUUUUGGAGAAGUCAAGCUUGUCCAGCGAAGGAACGAUGGCAAGAUCUACGCAUUGAAGUCGCUUGUCAAACAAGAGAUGUUUAAAAAAGACCAACUGGCUCACGUUCGAGCAGAACGUGAUAUUCUUGCCGAGUCAGACAGCCCAUGGGUCGUCAAGCUACACACCACUUUCCAAGAUAACGCCUUCCUCUACAUGCUGAUGGAGUUCUUACCUGGUGGCGACUUGAUGACCAUGCUCAUCAAGUACGAGAUCUUCACUGAGGAUAUCACUCGCUUCUACAUGGCCGAAAUCACUCUUGCCAUAGAAGCUGUACACAAGCUUGGUUUCAUACAUCGUGACAUCAAGCCUGAUAACAUCCUGCUGGACCGUGGAGGUCAUAUCAAACUGACCGACUUCGGUCUAUCAACAGGUUUCCACAAGGAGCACGACGCCGGUUACUACAAGAAGCUACUUGCUGGAGGCGCACACAAGUCCAACCGGGACAACCGAGCUUCAAUGAAUCUGGACCAAAUUCAGCUAACCGUCAGCAACCGCACCCAAAUCAAUACAUGGAGAAAGUCCCGUCGGCAGCUCGCUUACUCCACCGUGGGUACUCCCGACUACAUUGCGCCGGAAAUCUUCAGUGGCCAAGGAUAUGACUAUGGCUGUGACUGGUGGUCUGUUGGAACGAUUAUGUUCGAAUGCCUUAUCGGUUGGCCACCAUUCUGCGCUGAAGAACCACAUGACACAUACCGCAAGAUUGUCGAUUGGCCGCGCAACUUACACUUUCCACCGGACCAGCAGCUAGGUGCAGAGGCUGAAGAUUUUGUCAGGCGCUUGAUCUGCGAUGCCGAACAUCGCCUUGGCCGCAUUGGUGGCGCCAGCGAAAUCAAACAGCACCCGUUCUUCCGCGGCGUCUCAUGGGAUGGUUUGCGCCGUAUUCGCGCGCCAUUCGAGCCCAAACUGCAGUCGAACGUUGACACGCAGUACUUCCCCAUCGAUGAGAUUGAUCAGAACGACACCAGCGCUGCGUAUAGGGCUCAGGCUGAUCAAUCUGGUGAUGACGAGUAUGCGACGAGGUUGCCUUUCAUCGGUUAUACGUUCAGGCGUUUCGAUGCCUUCAGAGGAUCAUAG